UAUAGCUAAGGAUUUCCUUUUGCUAUCAACCGAAAACAUCCAUGAACUACAAUCAAUAAUCAGAAGAAGGAGAGGCAAUGAAACUGGAUUCACAGUUGAGGGUGCCAAAUACAUGGCUUUUAGGAAGAACAUGAAGAAGCAAAUCCGAAAGAAGUUGGUAAAUUUGAGGUCAUUGAAGAAUGAUUUGAUUUCUUCUUCCUCAAACAACAAAGAAAACAACUCUUUGCCUAUGCUUCGAUUCUUGAAAGAAGCAGAAGCAGUCACCCUAAGCUCACUAGAACAUUUGUUGCUAUUUAUCUGUGAUCCAAAAGGGCACUCAAAGAAUGGAAGAUGGUCAGCAAUAUCCAAGUUGAUGCAUUCUAAAAGAGUAGUUUGUGACUCUCAAGAUUCAGACACAAAUGAAUUUGAGAAAGUGGAUGCAGCUUUGUCGUCUCUCAUCAGCCACAAGUCUUUAUCUACUGAAAAUUGUCCUAUGGAAGAUUUGGAGAUGUGCAUUCAAGAUCUAGAAAUAGGAGUUGAACAAAUAUCAAGAAAAUUAAUUAGAAAUAGAGUUUCACUUCUUAACAUAUUCAACCAUUAA